AUGGCGGAACAGAAACCUAUCCUAGGGCUUGGCGCCAAGUACAACAUAACCUGGCAGCAAACGAUGCUGCGUAUUUAUGACCCGAAGGAAACGGUCGCCUUUUACGAAAAGAACUUUGGGAUGAUAAACAUCCACACGUACCAUUUUGAUGAGUACAACUUCUCCCUGUACUUUAUGAUUACACCUCCGUAUGACGAAGAGGAAAGGAAGAAAAUCCCGCCACCAAAUACAAUCGAGUCGGAGAAAUACCUUUGGCACUUAAAGACCGUGGCCCUAGAAUUAACCCAUAAUCAUAACAGUACGGAAAAGCUAAGCAACGGAAACAAUGAUAAUGAUAGGGGAUUUGGACACAUCGCUUUUAAUUGCCAUAAUGUGGUAGAACUUUGUGAUUACCUUUUUAAAGAGAAAAAAGUAAAUUUUCACAAAUUACCUCAUGAAACGAAAAUGAAAAGUAUUGGCUUUGCACUCGACCCGAAUAACUACUGGAUUGAAAUAGUUAAGCGAUCCAGUGAAGUCAAAUGGAAAAACAAUAAAGAAAUUACAAACUUCUCACAAACCAUGAUUAGGGUUAAGGAUCCUGAAAAAAGCUUAUAUUUCUACUUACACAUAUUGGGUAUGAAAUUAGUGCACAUUAAACAUGCCUCGGAUUUCUCUCUAUACUUUUUAAAGUCCCCCUAUUUGGAAAAUAAAAAAGGUGCAGAUGUUUCCACAGAAGAGGAAAAGAACAAGGGUUACUUCAAUUUUGAAGAGCUAAAGAACAAGUACCAAUCUGAUGAAGAUUAUGAAAAUUUCAAAACAUCGUGGGAACCUGUCCUGGAACUUACCCACAAUCAUGGGACAGAAAGUGACGACAAAUUUGCGUACCAUAAUGGGAACACCGAGCCCAGAGGAUUCGGCCACAUUGGCUUUUUGGUCGACGAUUUGGUAAACUACUGCCAGGAGUUAGAAAAACUGGGUGUUCCUUUUAAGAAAAAGUUACACGAGGGGCAAAUGAACAACAUCGCUUUUGUGUACGACCCUGAUAAUUACCUGGUCGAGUUGAUUCAGAGGGGCACGACAUUUGGUCGCAACUGA